GGUUGAGCCAGUAGGUGAUAGCGAGGAUGGAAGAUCGUAAGCAGUGUGAAUGCUGCACCCACUUCCCCUCGCUCAUUCUUCCUGCCUCGCCACGGCAAUCACGCCUCGACGCCAGGAAAUCCGACCAACAACGAAAACGCAAACGAGCAACGCGAGGUUUUCGCAAACAACUCUCGCUGGCGGCGGUGUUAUUAUUCUGAGCGUCUCGAUUCGGAUUCACGUAAAGCCUUGACGACAACAAGUGACACAAGGUCAGUCACUGUCUACUACUUGACACAACGAGGCCUUCAAUUUCCAUUCGUGUAUGCCCAAGCACACAGGAAGCUAUGCAUCCACCAUGCAGCCUCCUCCUCCUCCUCCUCCUCCCGCUGCCGUGUCUCCUCACGUCGUCGCCGGCCGCCAGGCAGGGCAGCGCGGGAGGCGGCGAUGACACCUGCGUGUUCGCUCUCACCUACAACCCGCUAGACGCGCGACGCAGCGUCGACGCCAUCCGCGCCUCCCUCGACGCGCUCACACAGGAGGUGCGCGUUCUCGCGUCGCGCCUUGACGCCACGGUGGCGCCACGCUGCGGCGGCUGCGGCGACGGCAAAGACGACUGCUCGGCGAGCGACGGGUACGAGCGCGUCGCGGCGAACUACUGCCUCCGCGGGUUCACGAGCGCUCGCAACUGGACGGAGGCGAGCGAAAUUUGCCGAAGCAUCGGCGGACAGCUCCUCUCCAUAGACUCCGCGGAGAAACUCGCUGCGGUCGCGCACUACGGACGCACACGACUCGAGAUCGACUGCCGCCACGAGGUGCCGUACUGGAUCAGCACGCGCCGCCAGGAGGCGCGGUGGCGCGACGGCAACACGGGCCGGCAGCAGGCGUUCGCCGACUGGGACGAGGGAGAGCCGAAGAACGAGUCGGACGAGGCGUGCGUCGAGCUGUGGUCGGAGUCCAGCUGGAAGAUGCUGGCAGUGCCCUGCUCCUACAACGCUCACUUCAUCUGCGAGAAGGUGUGAGCGGCGGCAGCGGCAGCGCGGUGGGGGGCCGGUGCGGCCGCGCGUGGCAGGGCAGGUCACACGCGCCAUGGCAGAGGCUGAGCGAGCGUGGGCUAGCGUGGCACGUGGCAGCACACAUGCUGCGACUAGUGGGGCGCGGGGAAUGAUGACUGUGCGUGGUACUGCUGUAGGGUAUGGCAGUAGCGUGUGCUACUGUUAGCAAGUGCAGCGUGGGCCAAGACAGAUCAGAUGCUCCAACUAUUGUGUGAAUAUAUAUUUUGUGCAGCAAUGGCCGGAGAGUAGCAGGUUGGUGCUUGAGCGAAUAAUACUAGUGCUUGCUACAAUUAUUAUUGUUAUUAUGAAUAAUAAUAUUAUUAUUACUAUAGCUGGUCUAUAAAAGCUGCCAUUGAUUUGUAUUCCACCUCCUGCGAUUUUGCUUUUUUUAUCGAGUGAAUAUAAUUAAACAAUGACUGCCACAGCCAUUUUGAGGGAUGCAACAAGAGCAAAGCUAAAAAACAUGUGAUUGAUCCUUUGUGCUUCGACAAAAACACGAGAUUAUGUAAUGUAAAACCUUUUCUCCCAUUAGCUUUCAUCAUACGCACUCGGAAAGGUACUACUACAUCAGAAGUUUUGUUCAAUAACAAAGCAAUACAAGCAUAACUGUGAAUGAAAAUAAAUGAAUAAAUGAAAUGAAAUAACAUUGAAAUUUUUUUCAAA